AUGCCGAACAACAAACAGCUCGACAUCUUCUUGUUUAGCCUGAAAAACUCCGUGGAUAGUGAUGGAUAUUUCUGGUUCGGCCUGAGCGAUGAGCACCGUGAGGAUCCGUCUGGUUCAGAUGAAAAAUCGCGUGAUGAAGCCCCAUGCAACAUGACUGUGCUCGAAACAGUCUGCCCAGGAAAGCCUGACGGGUCUGACUACCGCGGCAACCUCUCCGUGACCGUAACUGGGAAGACCUGCCAGCGAUGGGAUGUCAACGUUCCACAUCGUCACCGUUUCCGACCGGAAGAAUAUCCUGAUGAGUUGGUUGAGAACUACUGCCGCAAUCCAGACAGUGACGGGACCACUCUGUGGUGUUACACAACGGACCCUAGCACACGCUGGGAGUACUGCAGCAACCCGAAAUGCCCUCCAGUCUGCCCAGGUAAGCCUGACGGAUCUGACUACCGCGGCAACCUCUCCGUGACCGUAACUGGGAAGACGUGCCAGAGAUGGGAUGUCAACGUUCCGCAUUGUCACCGUUUCCGACCGGAAGAGUAUCCUGAUGAGUUGGUCGAGAACUACUGCCGCAAUCCAGACAGUGACGGGACCACUCUGUGGUGUUACACAACGGACCCUAGCACACGCUGGGAGUACUGCAGCAACCCGACAUGCCUUAUCUAACUUACUUAAGGCCACAGCACGUAA